UAUUGAAUAAAAUAGAUUCGAGUAAUCGUGAAAUUAUUUUACCAUUUGGAAAGUCAUUGAAUCAAAAUAUCGAUUUGAUCUUUCAUACGUCCCUGUCACUUUUGUCGAAGAAAUCGUAUACUUUCAAUUGUAUGUGUGUGUGUAUGUGUGUGUGUGUGUGUAUGUGUGUGUCAUAAGUUUCUAUAAUCACAAGUGUUAAGUGGGUGUUUUUCUGUAAAUUUGUUGGAUGAAAAAGUGUCCUUAAAUUAUAAACAUCGGUAGUGUCACAGAAAGAAAUUAAAUAUUACGAAAUUGUAUUUGAUGAUAUGAAUGUAUCGGAUGAAAUGGAAAAAUCAUGGGAACGAUCAUGGACUACGGAAGAAAUGAGAAACAAGAGGCAAGAAUGGAGUUUGGCAGCUGAUGCAGGAUUAUUAAAACAUCUUCAACAAUUUUCUGAAAAUCUAGUGUCAAAAGCUAACAAAACUCAACAAGCAAUAGAUUCGUUAACAACUCAAUUGGGUGAAACUGCAAUAAUUAUAGAUAAUGUAACCAAUACUUCUUUGGCAUUAGCCAAUACUCAGUUUAUUGAGAGUCGAGUACAAGAAGAUGAUAUAGAAAUUGAAAAAAAAAUAGAAGAAUUGCAGAAGGACUCUAAAGAACAAGAACUCCCAACCACAGAUAUUAUAGCCAAUAUAAGUGAAAGUAUAAAACAAGGCUUAAAUAUAAUGGAUGAAAAGUAUAAAAGAAUGGAAGUUAUUGAUAGCGAUAGCGAGGAUGAAGGUGAUGCAAGAGUUAUGAGUAUUAUUUUGGGGCCAAAAGAUCCAUAUCAAGAGCGACCUUUGCCUUAUGUCAUUGGUUCGGAUAAAUGGAAUACUUCGAAUAAAAUUGGUUUAGAAAGCAGUAGCAGUGAAUCUGAGCAAGUGGAUGAAGAAGAGGAUGAGUCAGAAAGUGAUAAAGAGGAAGAAAGAAUACAAGAAUCUUUCGAUCCAAAAAACGAUCGAAACAUAAAUGCCAGAUUGUCUUCUUCAUUGAGCGAAUCGGAAAGAUCGAACGAUGCUUCGUAUUUGUUGAAUCAUGGAAAAUUAGACAGUAUAUCUCAGAAUACUAUGAGUUUUGCAUCGGAUUCUACAACUCCUAUUAAGGAUCUACCAAAGGUCCAGGUUGCCAAUGAGACACCUAACUUUGCUGAAGAACUAGCCAAGAGAUUAGGUAGCGUUCGACAAGCUCAAAAGCCUUCGAUAACAAAUGAAACAAGAGAACCUUCUAUUAAUAAAUUUAAAGAGGAUGAUGGUAUGGAAGAUUUCUUUAACGAUAAACCCAACAAUUUAUUUGACGAUAACAAAGAAAUCUUCGAAGAUAAUGUAUCGACGAAGUUAUGGGAAAAACAACCUGUUUUUCAAUCGAAUAUUAUUCCACCUAGUAUGGAUGUUCCACCACCUAUCAGUACAAUAUCUAUAAAACCAAAAUCAGCGAUUGAUGAUUUAUUCGCUGAUGGAGAUUCAGAAGAUUCGGAUGACAUCUUUUCAUCGAAACAACCUGUAAAAAGGAUUAUGAAAGAUGCUAAAGCAGAGAGCAAACAAGCUAUGAAUACAGAAAGUGUACAAAAGAAGUUCCUUGACGUUGUGAUUGGCAAAACUGGUAAAACCAACUGGACAACAAGCACACCAGAGUCCAAUGUCGAUGUCAAUAAUCUAUUUAGCGAGGAAGAAGAUGAUAAUGAUCUUUUUGCAACAUCUAAAAAGCAAUCCAGUAAACCUAUAAAAGAAACACAGAAUCUUAUUAAUUCGGAGAAUAAUAACAAAAAGAAACCAGUCGGUGAUCUGUCGAUACUCGGUGGAAUUUUGACUUCUUCCAUCGAGAAUACAUUAUCGAGUAGAAUACCGCGUCGUCAGUCAUCGGAUUCAUCCAACAGCGACGCAGAAGGUGUUUCGAGUAACGAACUCAUAUUCGCGGAUAGUUCUACUGCAAGGCCAGGAAAUUCAGGAAACUGGGACGCUAAUCUUGAAAAUAGCGGUAACAGUAGCGGUAUAUCGAUUCAACGUCACAGUAUAAGCAGUACAACGAUUAAAACGAUGUCGACAGAUGACGUAUAUACUUCGACUCGUUUAAAUUCGGAAGAAUUGUAUCGUGAGAGAUUCAUCAGCGAUAGUCUUUUCGUGGCGAACACUUUGCAUCCUCCGGAUGUUAAUUCUACUUUCUUGAGGACGUCGAACAAUCAAUCGAACGUGGAACAAAUAACAGAGAUAUCGACAGGAUUGGACGAUGUCUUCGAAAAUAAGGAUCUCUUUGGUCCACCACCUCUUCCUAAAGCAGAUUCGAAAACGAACAAAUCAAAGAUAUCUUCACUCUUUGAUGAAUCGGAUUCGGGAGAUGAACUUUUCUCUACGACUAGUUCCGGUUCAAGGUCACAAAAGAGUACGGACUUUUUAGCUACAACUCCUCAAUAUCCGGACAAAAAUAAAUUGUCCAAUCGUAAGGGACUUUUUGACGAGGACAUCGAUAUUUUCGGUAACAAAGAUUCACCGGACGUUGAUAUAUUCGGUAAUGUUUCGAAACCUUACAAGGAUAACAUGGUUGUUUCGAAAAGAGCCCUGGAUAUUGCGUCCGAUAACUUUUCGGUCAAUAAAAUUCAUGGUACGAACGUUUCGAGAGAAAGUAAUAUUAUUAAACCUUCGGUUAAGUUAACAACAUCGAAGAAAAGUAGUCUUUUCGAUGACGAGGAAGACGAUAACGUUGAUGAUUUAUUUGGAGUGAAAAAUACGAGAAUCGAAAGUAGAGUCAAAUCGCCAACUUUUGCCACUAAUUCUGCUGGAAGUGAUUUCUUUUCGACGAAAGAACCGAUAAAGACGAUAGAAGUAAUUGAUAAGAAGAGUUUAUCUCGGGAAGACAAAACAAAAGUGGAAGAUGUUAAACGUCAAACUUCUUUGUUAAAAAAGACAUCGGAAGAAACAGCCAAUAACUUUUUAGCCACGUCUAAGAAGGAGGAUAAAGGAGAGGACAAUCAGGAUAAAGGGAAGGACGUCCUCUUUGAAGACGAUAAUUAUGAGGAUCUAUUUGCUAACGAUAGGAAAGAGAAAGGCGAAGUGGAAGUGGAAAGUAAGAUAGAGAAUACCGAGGAAUCGAAUCAAAUCGUAUUGAAGAAAGCAUCAGCUCAAGUAGAUAUCAAGUCUUCUGAUAACUUUAAUGAUAAUAAUAGCGUCGAUAUUGAAAAUAAAAAGCAUCCACCGACAACGUUAAACAUUCUUACUACCACAACUCCGUUGUUAACGGAAGAUAAUUCUCAAGUGCUACGUCGAGCAGUCUCAGGAAAAAUCAAAGAUCUAAUGGGGAAAAUGGGUGAUUUAAAAAUUCUUUCUCCUACUGAUACACCACCGUUGUGGAGAAAGAGCGAAGAGAAGACGGAUGAAGAGGAUGAGGUGUUCGAUAGGGACAGCGAUGACGGAGGCUGCAUCAGUACACAAAUUCGAACUUUGUCAACAGAAGGUAAUGAACCUUUGAAAGAAAUGGCUCGGUCAAGUAAUGGUAAUAGUAACGCCGAAACUGCAAUUAGUUUUGAUGUACCGGCACAAGUAGAAACGCUCUCGACUGCGUCAAAGAGUCGAGUGAGAAUUCAAGCAAAACGUCGGCCUCAAAGUAGGCAUGCACGGAAAUCCGCUCUCAGACAAAGUGGUUUAAACUUUGAUACCAUCAAUACGGUCGAAAAGAUUCCCCAAGAUGAAAAUUCUAUUUCCAAAGAAUCGUCGAAUUCAAUGAAUUUUUCCUAUGUUCCUCCGAACGCCGAUCGUUUGAGUUUGUUGUCCUCUUCCAAUUUCCUCGAUAAUAUUCCACGAAAUGUUGAAUUAAAUCCUUCGAUAGCUGAUGAUAAAUCCGAACUUGGAAGUAUUAGCAAAGAAAGUUCGAUAAGCGUGAAUAAAAACACCUUGUUGUCUCCAUCAACCGACGAAGAAGAUUUGUUUGAUGUACCACCAGAUUUACCAGAGGAUCCACAAAGAGAAGAUACUUUGUUUGGAAGAGCACCAAUACUUUCACCAAUCCAAAAUCUUUUGCCCGAUAGAGAGUCUACAUAUGGUAGAUCUUUGAGAGACACUAUCAUUGGUGGGAACGAUGAAACCGAGAAAACUAUUAGAAAAGAUUCGAUCAAAUCUGAAGUUAAUAAUCAUACUAAUUCUAUAGCUGAUAAUGAUUUCGUCGUAGAGAAUGAAAAAAAGGUAGAAGUAAGAUCGAAUGAGAUCGAAUGUUUUACGAAAGUUCAAGAGAAUAAAUACGAACAAAUGGAUGAUUCGACAGAAACCACGAACGAUGUGUUUAAACAAGAGUAUCCGAAAGGACCUAUAGAUCCUUUGCGUGAUGACAGCUACGAUCCUUUAAAAGAUCCGAGUCAAUUAUUUGCGUUCGUAACGAAAACUCCUUCGCCUGAUAAAGGUAAAGAAUUAUUAUUUUCGGAUGAUGAUAGUCUCUUUAGCAGUGGAUUUAUCAAAACGAGGGAAGACGAAUCGGUGAGAAAACAUGUUUCAGAUUUAUUCGCGGACGAUGCAAGCGGUGAUCUGUUUUCGGUACCUUUAACAAAGUCCGUGAAAAACCCUUUGAAAGAGAGUAAAAUCAGCUUCUUUGAUAAGAACUCAGAUGGUCAGAACGACGAAGAUGAUAAUUUGUUUGGUUCCAUCAUGAAGAAGGUAUCGACGAAAAAUGAAGAACAAAAAAGCAUUGUAGCGACAAAGAUUUCACAAAAGAAAAUCAAUCUUUUCCAAGACGAUGCCGGCGAUGACGACGACGAUGUUAAUAGUUUGUUCGCAGAGCAGCCAGUACAAACCCAAAAAGUCGAAUCAUUCAAAGUUCCUCAACAGUCUGGAAAACUUGAAAGUAUUUCAUCCAUUGAUGACAGAUCUGUCAAAACUUCCAAAUCUACCGACAUAUUUGGUGAUCAGUCGAGUACGGAAGACGAUAUAUUUGCUUCUAUAAAACCUAUUUCUAAAAAGGUAGUACAUGCCAAGUCAUUGUUCGCGGCUGAUAGUGAUGAUGAUGAUAAUGAAUUUUUUGGUAAAACAUCUUUGGUAGAAUCCAAGUUGAUAGAAAGUAGACCAAUCGUAAAAAAAUCUGUUACCCGAGACCUUAAGAAAACGGCCGAAAAGAUAGUCGAAGAUCCGUUAAGUAUAUUUCAGAAAGAUUAAUAGUUCAUGCAUGUGUACAUUUGUCCAAGUAUUUUCUAUUUUUAAAUUCACAUUUUUUCUUUUAAUAUGCUGCUGGUGUUAUCCUCCGAAUUUUUAAAUUAAUAAAUAUAAAAAUUUGGCGGCAUAAGUAUUAAAAAUAAUAAGAAUAAUAUAAUAUAUACAUACAUACAUACAUACAUAUAUAUAUAUAUAUAUACACGCACACGCACGCACGUGCGCGCGCGUGCACACACACACACACACACACACACACACACACGCACAUAUAGACAUAAAAUCUUUUAAUAUAAAAUCUUUUUUUUUAUAAGUCAAUAUAAUUUCUAAUUGGCAUAAUAAAACCCAGAGCGUUUAAAUAUUGGGAGAGUAACCGUACAAUUACAUGCAAUCAGAGAAUGUUUUUUAUUUAUAGAUUAGGAACGUUAGUUACAUUAAUUUGAUUUAUUUUUUUAAUAGAAUGAUCAUGUAAUUAAAAGAACGAUUAUACAAUAUUUUUUCACCUUCGGUAUCUAGUAUACAGAGAUAAUAAAUAUUACAUUUUUCCGAUCUAACAAUGAACAUUUAUUAUAGAAAUACAAUUUUUACCAAACGUCAAGAACAACGAAGGAUGCAAAACUCACUACAGCAAAUAUACGAAAGAACGUUUAUAUUUAUUUUAACAGUUUAGAAUAGAGUAACAACAAGUAGUAAUUAAAAUAGUAAAAUAGUACAUGACAGCAAACAUUGUAUAUUUUCUGUACCAAUAUCUAUUACAUAGCUAGCUUACAUAUA